UUAUUCGUGUGCACUGCAGUCAUUACUCGAGCAAAGACGCUUGUUUGAGUUUUUUAGGCAAACCGCCAAGCGGUUCUCAUGAUGUGAAAGACGUCGGGGCCGCUUGAGGAGCUUCGCGUUAUUGAUCGCAUCCUCUGCCGUGGGCGUCGCGACGCAGCGUCAAACAGGAACUGUAGCCGCUGUCUUUCAUCUGAGCGCGCAAAGUCUCCGUGGAAAGAUCCGAUUAUUCUGACACUUUGACGAGAGAUCUACAACAGGACUCAAAAUGCCGAAACCUGUCAAUGUUCGCGUCACUACGAUGGAUGCUGAGCUGGAGUUUGCCAUCCAGCCCAGCACAACUGGCAAACAGCUCUUUGACCAGGUGGUGAAGACUAUAGGCUUACGUGAAGUAUGGUACUUCGGACUACAGCAUAUGGACAGCAAAGGCUACAAUACAUGGUUGAAACUUGAUAAAAAGGUGUCGUCUCAGGAGGUGAAGAAAGAAAACCCUCUACAGUUCAAGUUCCGAGGCAAGUUCUUCCCAGAAGAUGUGGCGGACGAGUUGAUCCAAGACGUCACUCAGAAGCUGUUCUUCAUGCAGGUGAAGGACGGCAUCCUCAGCGAUGAGAUCUACUGUCCUCCGGAGACCGCCGUGCUUCUGGCCUCUUAUUCGGUGCAGGCCAAAUUUGGCGAUUUCAGCAAAGAAAUUCACAGGCCUGGAUACCUGACAUCAGAUCGCCUCCUGCCCCAACGGGUUCUGGACCAGCACAAGUUGUCACGUGACCAGUGGGAGGAGAGAAUCCAGGUGUGGCACGAGGAGCAUCGUGGAAUGCUGAGAGAGGACGCAAUGUUGGAGUAUUUAAAAAUCGCCCAGGAUUUGGAAAUGUACGGCGUGAACUAUUUCGACAUCAAGAACAAGAAGGGAACCGAGCUGUGGCUGGGUGUGGAUGCCCUGGGCCUGAAUAUCUAUGAGAAAGACGACAAACUGUCUCCGAAAAUCGGUUUCCCCUGGAGCGAAAUAAGAAACAUUUCCUUCAACGAUAAGAAGUUUGUCAUCAAGCCAAUUGAUAAAAAAGCUCCGGAUUUCUUGUUCUACGCCCCACGUUUGCGCAUUAACAAACGCAUCCUGCAGCUGUGCAUGGGUAACCACGAGCUGUACAUGCGCCGCAGGAAGCCGGACACCAUCGAGGUGCAACAGAUGAAAGCGCAGGCACGAGAGGAGAAACAACACAAACAGAUGGAGAGGGCUCAGCUGGAGAGCGAGAAGAAGAGACGAGAGGCCAUCGAGAGAGAGAAAGAGCAGAUGGAGAGAGAGAAACAGGAUCUGAUGAUGAGACUUUACCAGUUUGAGGAAAAGACCAAAAAAGCAGAAAAAGACUUGCAGGAACAGAUGCACAGAGCCAUGCAGCUGGAGAACGAACGGAGACAGGCGGAGGAAGAGGCCAUCAAACUGGAGGCCGAGAGACAGGCCGCUCUUCUCGCCAAAGAAGAACUGGCCCGACAAGCUCAUGACCAGAAGAAGAGUCAAGAACAGCUGGCCGCUGAGCUGGCAGAACACACAGCUCGCAUUGCUCUUCUGGAGGAAUCCAAGAACCGCAAGGAGCAGGAGGCGAUGACGUGGCAGCACAGAGCGCAGGAGGCCCAGGAAGACCUCAUUAAGACCCGCGAGGAGCUUCACAUGGUGAUGACGGCACCGCCUCCCCCUCCGCCACCUCCCACGUACGACCACUACGUCAACGACGUGGAGGACGGGGAGGAGAGCGCCAGCACCUACAGCGCAGAACUGCAGAGCGAAGGAUUCAAUGACCACCGUUACGAAGAACAGCGAGUCACGGAGGCAGCCAAGAACGAACGAGUCCAGAAACAGCUGAUGGCUCUGACCUCAGAGUUGGAAGUGGCUCGCGAUCACACCAAGAAGACGCAGAACGACCUCCUGCACACGGAGAACGUGCGCGCCGGCCGAGACAAAUACAAAACUCUCCGGCAGAUCCGCCAGGGCAACACGAAACAGAGAAUCGACGAGUUCGAGGCCUUAUAAGAGAUCCGGACGGGCUUUCUGUCCUUGAGUCUGAGUGGUGAAUGCAAAAGGCAUAAUCUGCGUUAGACAACACACACACGUGGUACAAAAAAACACGAGUUUAUUUUCAUACGAGAGCACUCCUUCAACGUGCACUAGGAACUGAAACAUUUUAGACUUUUCAAAUAAUGCACGAGAAAUAUUGUCAUUAUAUACACUUUACAGUAAGGUUGCAUACGUUAAUGUUGAUUUUUUUCACAGCGUUUAUUUCGAUUAAUUUAUUAAUAUCGCUUCAUGUGCAUACAAACGGGAAGGUUUGUAUAUGUUGAAGUUGUCAUUAACCAAGAUGAAUAAAUGCUGUGAAAAGAUCAUUCGGUUCAUUGUUGGGUCAUGUUUUCUACCGUAGGGUUACAAACACAACCUUACUGUAAAGUGGUCCACCGUUGGGUUUAUUCACAGGCUGUGCUGAAAUAAAUCUGCUGAAGCGAAUGAUUUGUAAACGUGCCAACAAUGCCUCCCCUUUUUGGUAAUAACAUGAUCGUUUGUUAUUCGAUGAUCUGAGCAAAUUCUAGUUUUAUCCAGUUAAGGGUUGUAAUUUCUUUUUGUUUGUUUGUUUUGUUGAUCCACUCAGCGCAGGGCUCGGCAGUAUAAUCUCAACUCUUUUAUGUAUUGACUUAUAUUAAACCUUUCAUUCAUGUUGAAUAUGA